AUGAUUAUCUUCAUAUAUUCUAUAACAUUUCUUGCAGUUAUUGCCAGCUUUCGAGGAACGGUACCAUAUGGCCUGUCAUUGGAAAUUGGAGAUACAGUUCAGAUCCUGGAGAAGUGUGAUGGCUGGUACAGAGGAUUUGCUUUAAAAAACCCAAAUGUCAAGGGUAUCUUUCCUUCCAGCUACGUUCAUUUGAAAAAUGCCUGUGUGAAGAACAAAGGACAAUUUGAAAUGGUUAUUCCCACUGAAGACUCUGUUAUAACAGAAAUGACAUCGACAUUAAGAGACUGGGGAACCAUGUGGAAACAGCUCUAUGUGAGAAAUGAAGGCGAUCUCUUCCACCGGCUGUGGCACAUCAUGAAUGAAAUCCUGGAUCUGCGGCGGCAGGUGCUGGUGGGCCAUCUGACCCAUGACCGGAUGAAGGAUGUGAAGCGCCACAUUACUGCCCGCCUGGACUGGGGCAAUGAACAACUGGGACUGGACCUGGUGCCUAGGAAGGAGUAUGCGAUGGUGGACCCAGAGGACAUCAGCAUUACAGAGCUCUACCGAUUGGCCCUUUUAAAACCCCCAGUAAAAGAAAAAUGUGUUCGGGAAGGGCUUUCAAAGGCUAAAGCUCCACGCAUCUUACAAUGGGCAUGGGCAGCCGAAUAUGCUGUGCAGGCCAGCAAUCACCACCUCUUUGUGCAAAUGAAGAGCCUCAUGUGUUCUAACCUGGGAGAGGAGCUUGAGGUCAUCUUCUCUCUGUUUGACAGUAAAGAGAAUCGGCCAAUCAGUGAGAGAUUUUUCUUGAGGCUGAAUAGAAAUGGACUUCCCAAAGCCCCAGAUAAACCAGAACGACAUUGCUCUCUCUUUGUGGAUUUGGGUAGCAGUGAACUAAGAAGGGACAUCUAUAUCACUGUGCACAUUAUCCGAAUUGGUCGAAUGGGGGCAGGAGAAAAAAAGAAUGCCUGUAGCGUCCAGUACCGGCGACCCUUUGGCUGUGCGGUCCUUAGUAUUGCCGACCUGCUGACAGGAGAGACGAAAGAUGACCUCAUCCUGAAAGUGUACAUGUGUAACACAGAGAGCGAGUGGUACCAAAUCCACGAGAACAUCAUCAAAAAGCUGAACGCACGUUACAAUUUGACAGGCUCCAACGCAGGUUUAGCAGUUUCCCUACAGCUAUUGCAUGGAGACAUUGAACAAAUCAGAAGAGAAUACUCAUCAGUAUUUUCUCAUGGAGUGUCUAUAACGAGAAAGUUGGGUUUUUCUAAUAUUAUUAUGCCUGGUGAAAUGAGGAAUGAUUUGUACAUCACUAUAGAAAGGGGUGAAUUUGAAAAAGGAGGGAAGAGCGUGGCCAGAAAUGUGGAAGUCACUAUGUUCAUUGUGGAGAGUAGUGGCCAGAUCUUAAAGGAUUUUAUCUCCUUCGGCUCUGGAGAGCCGCCAGCUAGUGAGUACCACUCCUUUGUGCUUUAUCAUAACAACAGUCCCAGGUGGUCCGAACUGCUGAAACUUCCUAUUCCUGUGGAUAAAUUCAGGGGCGCACACAUCCGCUUUGAAUUUCGGCAUUGUUCCACAAAGGAGAAAGGAGAGAAGAAAUUGUUUGGUUUCUCCUUCGUCCCCCUGAUGCAGGAAGAUGGUAGGACUCUUCCAGAUGGCACUCAUGAGCUCAUCGUGCAUAAGUGUGAAGAAAACACAAAUCUUCAGGAUACUACCCGCUACCUCAAACUUCCCUUUUCCAAGGGCAUCCUCCUUGGAAAUAAUCAUCAAACCAUGAAGGCCACAAAGGAGUCUUUUUGGAUAACAUCUUUUCUCUGUUCCACAAAACUCACACAGAAUGGUGAUAUGCUUGAUCUCUUGAAAUGGAGAACUCACCCUGACAAGAUCACAGGCUGUCUCUCUAAAUUGAAAGAAAUCGAUGGCUCAGAGAUAGUAAAGUUUCUGCAAGAUACACUGGAUACCUUAUUUGGAAUUUUAGAUGAAAAUUCCCAAAAAUACGGGUCUAAAGUGUUUGAUUCUUUGGUUCACAUAAUAAAUUUGCUGCAAGAUAGCAAAUUUCAUCAUUUUAAACCUGUAAUGGACACUUAUAUUGAGAGUCACUUUGCUGGGGCACUUGCAUACAGAGAUCUCAUCAAAGUUCUCAAGUGGUAUGUGGACAGGAUAACAGAAGCAGAACGGCAAGAGCACAUCCAGGAGGUGUUGAAGGCACAAGAAUAUAUUUUUAAGUACAUAGUUCAAUCUCGAAGGCUGUUUUCCCUUGCCACCGGUGGACAAAAUGAAGAGGAAUUUCGCUGCUGCAUUCAGGAACUUCUUAUGUCGGUCCGUUUCUUUCUUUCUCAAGAGAGCAAAGGGUCAGGAGCAUUGUCUCAAUCACAGGCUGUGUUUCUGAGCUCCUUCCCAGCUGUGUACUCAGAGCUGUUGAAGCUCUUUGAUGUCAGGGAAGUGGCCAACUUGGUGCAGGACACCCUGGGCAGCCUGCCUACCAUCGUGCACGUGGACGACUCCCUGCAGGCUGUGAAACUGCAGUGCAUCGGCAAAACCGUGGAAAGCCAGCUUUAUACCAAUCCAGAUUCCAGGUACAUUCUCCUGCCUGUCGUGUUACAUCACCUCCACAUGCACCUGCAAGAACAGAAGGACCUGAUCAUGUGUGCACGAAUCCUUAGCAACGUAUUUUGUCUCAUCAAGAAAAAUAGCUCAGAAAAAUCUGUGUUGGAGGAAAUCGAUGUGAUAGUGGCCAGCCUGCUGGACAUCUUGCUGAGAACCAUAUUGGAGAUCACCAGUCGACCUCAGUCAUCUGGCUCCACGAUGCGGCUCCAGUUCCAGGAUGUCACUGGUGAGUUUGUUGCUUGUCUCCUGUCCCUAUUACGACAAAUGACAGAUAGACAUUAUCAACAACUUCUUGAUAGUUUCAAUACAAAGGAAGAGUUAAGGGAUUUUCUGCUGCAGAUAUUUACUGUGUUCCGAAUAUUGAUACGCCCAGAGAUGUUUCCAAAGGACUGGACUGUUAUGCGCUUGGUGGCUAACAAUGUUAUUAUUACAACAGUUCUAUACCUGUCUGAUGCACUUCGUAAGAAUUUCUUAAAUGAAAACUUUGAUUAUAAGAUUUGGGAUUCCUACUUUUACCUCGCAGUCAUUUUUAUAAACCAAUUGUGUCUACAGUUAGAGAUGUUCACACCUUCCAAAAGGAAAAAGGUGUUAGAAAAGUAUGGUGACAUGCGCGUCACAAUGGGUUGUGAAAUUUUCAGUAUGUGGCAAAACCUAGGAGAGCACAAGCUUCAUUUUAUCCCUGCCUUGAUUGGCCCUUUCCUAGAAGUGACCUUGAUACCACAGCCAGAUCUCCGGAAUGUCAUGAUUCCUAUUUUUCAUGACAUGAUGGACUGGGAGCAGAGACGGACCGGCAAUUUUAAACAGGUGGAAGCUAAGCUAAUUGACAAACUGGACAGCCUGAUGUCAGAAGGCAAAGGUGAUGAAACAUACCGUGAGCUCUUCAACAGUAUAAUUCCACUAUUUGGUCCCUAUCCUAGUCUACUAAAGAAAAUUGAGCGGGAAACAUGGAGGGAGAGUGGCGUUUCAUUAAUUGCCACUGUAACUCGUCUAAUGGAAAGGUUGUUAGAUUACAGGGACUGCAUGAAAAUGGGAGAGGUAGAUGGCAAAAAGAUUGGCUGCACAGUUAGCCUUCUGAACUUCUAUAAGACUGAACUGAACAAGGAAGAGAUGUAUAUACGCUACAUCCACAAACUCUAUGAUCUGCACCUCAAAGCCCAAAACUUCACAGAGGCUGCCUAUACUCUCCUGUUAUACGAUGAGCUGUUGGAAUGGUCUGACAGGCCCCUUCGGGAGUUCCUGACCUACCCCAUGCAAACAGAAUGGCAACGCAAGGAACACCUGCAUCUUGCCAUCAUCCAGAACUUUGACCGAGGCAAAUGUUGGGAGAAUGGCAUCAUCUUGUGCCGGAAGAUUGCAGAGCAGUACGAGAGUUACUAUGACUACAGAAACCUGAGCAAGAUGAGGAUGAUGGAAGCCUCUUUGUAUGACAAAAUCAUGGACCAGCAACGUCUUGAACCAGAGUUCUUCAGAGUUGGAUUUUAUGGGAAAAAAUUUCCAUUUUUCUUAAGAAAUAAGGAGUUUGUGUGUCGAGGGCAUGACUACGAAAGGCUGGAGGCCUUCCAACAGAGAAUGCUGAAUGAGUUCCCCCACGCCAUCGCCAUGCAGCACGCCAACCAGCCUGAUGAGACCAUCUUCCAGGCGGAAGCUCAGUAUUUACAGAUAUAUGCUGUUACUCCCAUUCCGGAGAGCCAGGAGGUCCUGCAGAGAGAGGGUGUUCCGGACAACAUCAAAAGUUUCUAUAAAGUGAAUCAUAUCUGGAAAUUCCGCUAUGACAGACCAUUUCACAAGGGCACCAAAGAUAAAGAGAAUGAAUUCAAGAGUCUCUGGGUGGAGAGAACAUCAUUAUACUUGGUGCAGAGUUUACCUGGAAUUUCCCGCUGGUUUGAAGUGGAAAAGCGUGAAGUGGUGGAAAUGAGUCCUCUGGAAAAUGCAAUCGAAGUGUUGGAAAAUAAGAAUCAGCAGCUGAAGACUCUGAUUAGUCAGUGUCAGACAAGACAGAUGCAGAAUAUUAAUCCCUUGACCAUGUGCCUGAAUGGAGUUAUAGAUGCUGCGGUUAAUGGUGGAGUUUCCAGGUAUCAAGAGGCAUUUUUUGUCAAAGAAUAUAUCUUAAGUCACCCUGAAGAUGGAGAGAAAAUUGCACGGUUAAGAGAACUGAUGCUUGAGCAGGCACAGAUUUUGGAAUUUGGUUUGGCCGUGCAUGAGAAGUUUGUACCUCAAGAUAUGAGACCCUUACACAAAAAGCUGGUGGACCAGUUCUUUGUGAUGAAGUCAAGUUUAGGGAUACAGGAGUUCUCUGCUUGUAUACAAGCCAGUCCAGUCCAUUUUCCUAAUGGAAGCCCUCGUGUGUGUAGAAACUCAGCACCUGCUUCAAUGAGCCCAGAUGGUACCAGGGUAAUUCCUAGACGCAGCCCAUUAAGUUACCCAGCUGUCAACCGAUAUUCUUCCUCCUCACUGUCCUCCCAAGCUUCUGCUGAAGUAAGCAAUAUUACAGGGCAAUCAGAAAGCUCUGAUGAAGUCUUUAACAUGCAGCCAAGUCCAUCUACCUCAAGCUUGAGUUCUACUCACUCUGCUUCGCCUAACGUGACAAGUUCUGCCCCAUCGAGUGCCAGAGCUUCCCCUUUGCUGUCUGACAAACACAAACAUUCCAGAGAAAACUCUUGCCUGUCUCCAAGAGAGAGACCAUGCAGUGCCAUCUAUCCAACACCUGGGGAAACUUCUCAGAGGCUGCUGUUUAAUCAUAUUGGAGAUGGGGCCUUGCCACGCAGUGACCCAAAUCUUUCUGCACCUGAGAAAGCUGUGAAUCCCACCCCUAGCAGCUGGAGCCUGGACAGUGGGAAAGAAGCCAAGAACAUGUCGGAUAGUGGGAAAAUUCUCUCUCCCCCUGUCCCUCCAAGACCCACACAAACUGCUUCACCAGCAAGACAUACAACGUCAGUAUCCCCCUCGCCUGCUGGGAGAUCUCCACUGAAGGGCUCGGUGCAGUCCUUCACUCCCUCUCCAGUGGAAUAUCACUCCCCGGGACUGAUCUCCAACUCCCCCGUCCUGUCGGGCAGCUACAGCAGUGGCAUCUCUUCUCUCAGCCGGUGUAGCACCUCGGAAACCUCAGGCUUCGAAAAUCAGGUGAACGAACAGUCGGCGCCGGCGGCGGGGCCGGGCUACAGCGGGCCGGAGGAGCCGGUGCGCAAGGAGAGCAAAACGCCGCCGCCCUACAGCGUGUACGAGCGGACUUUGCGGCGGCCCGUCCCGCUACCUCACAGCCUCUCCAUCCCGGUCACGGCCGAGCCGCCCGCGCUGCCCCCCAAGCCCCUGGCGGCGCGGCCCGGCCACCUGGAGAACGGGACCCGGAGGACUGAGCCCGGCCCGCGGCCCCGGCCCCUGCCUCGCAAGGUCUCGCAGUUGUGA